AUGAAAGAUCGCAAAAACCUGAUUGAUGAAAUGUUUACUCAAACGCAAGCGUUUCUUCAGCAUCUGCACAGAAACGAAGUCGAUAUGGACCGAGCAUUUGAUAUCUUGGAGCUGCCCAAAAAAACAAGAGAAAAUAUUAAAAUACAUGACAAAAUCAAUUUUUCUGCUGGCGCUCCUGUCCCAAACUUGGAUCAGUCAUCUGCAGCAGCUGCAUUCGUUAUAAAAGAGCUGAAUAAAAAAACAAGUUUCAUAUCGGCAAUUCUAUUGAUAUUUCGAAGAAAAUCACGAGUGGCUAGUGCAGAGUUUGUACCGUAA